AUGAAGGGCUGGUGGGCGUGUUCCCGCCCAAGGUCCGUGUUGGCCCGCGCGGUGGCUGGGAGGCCCUCCCCACGCCCAACUGCGGGUAUAAAGAGGCAGGCUGCGGACUCGGAGCAGUUCGGGGCUGCGCAGCGGGAAGGCUCGCCUAGUCGGUCCGCAUCCGUGUCGACCACCUGUCUGGACACCACGAAGAUGCCACCUGUUGGGGGCAAAAAGGCCAAGAAGGGCAUCCUAGAACGUUUAAAUGCUGGAGAGAUUGUGAUUGGAGAUGGAGGGUUUGUCUUUGCACUGGAGAAGAGGGGCUACGUAAAGGCAGGACCCUGGACUCCUGAAGCUGCUGUGGAGCACCCAGAAGCAGUUCGCCAGCUUCAUCGAGAGUUCCUCAGAGCUGGCUCAAACGUCAUGCAGACCUUCACCUUCUAUGCGAGUGAAGACAAGCUGGAGAACAGGGGCAACUAUGUCUUAGAGAAGAUAUCUGGGCAGAAAGUCAAUGAAGCUGCUUGCGACAUCGCCCGACAAGUGGCUGAUGAAGGAGAUGCUUUGGUAGCAGGAGGAGUGAGUCAGACACCUUCAUACCUUAGCUGCAAGAGUGAAAUUGAAGUCAAAAAAGUAUUUCUGCCACAGUUAGAGGUCUUUAUGAAGAAGAACGUGGACUUCUUGAUUGCAGAGUAUUUUGAACACGUUGAAGAAGCUGUGUGGGCAGUUGAAACCUUGAUAGCAUCCGGUAAACCUGUGGCAGCAACCAUGUGCAUUGGCCCGGAAGGAGAUUUGCAUGGCGUGCCCCCUGGCGAGUGUGCAGUGCGCCUGGUGAAAGCAGGAGCAUCCAUCAUUGGUGUGAACUGCCACUUUGACCCCACCAUUAGUUUAAAAACAGUGAAGCUCAUGAAGGAGGGCUUGGAGGCUGCCCGACUGAAAGCUCACCUGAUGAGCCAGCCCUUGGCUUACCACACUCCUGACUGCAACAAGCAGGGAUUCAUCGAUCUCCCAGAAUUCCCGUUUGGACUGGAACCCAGAGUUGCCACCAGAUGGGAUAUUCAAAAAUACGCCAGAGAGGCCUACAACCUGGGGGUCAGGUACAUUGGCGGGUGCUGUGGAUUUGAGCCCUACCACAUCAGGGCAAUUGCAGAGGAGCUGGCCCCAGAAAGGGGCUUUUUGCCACCAGCUUCAGAAAAACAUGGCAGCUGGGGAAGUGGUUUGGACAUGCACACCAAACCCUGGGUUAGAGCAAGGGCCAGGAAGGAAUACUGGGAGAAUCUUCGGAUAGCCUCAGGCCGGCCAUACAACCCUUCAAUGUCAAAGCCAGAUGGCUGGGGAGUGACCAAAGGAACAGCCGAGCUGAUGCAGCAGAAAGAAGCCACAACUGAGCAGCAGCUGAAAGAGCUCUUUGAAAAACAAAAAUUCAAAUCACAGUAGCCUCGAUAGAAGCUAUUUUUGAUGAAUUUCUAGGUGUUUGAGUCACAGUUCCUACAAAUACGGAAAAGGGGGUUAAAAAGCAGUGCUUUCAUGAAUGCCAUCCUACACAUAUUAUUGCUAUUACCUGAACAAAAUAGAAUUACAAAUAGCACUUGAUAAUUUUAAAGUAUGUUUUAGAAAUUUUCUUAGGAGCAAAAUAAGUACAAAGUAAAUCUUGAACAGGUUCACUAAGCACCCACCCUGUGAAAAGUAUUAUGGAAAUCACUGCAGCACAGGAAAAGUAAUUCAGAUGUUAAUGCCGCUUGAAGAAGUUGGUAGGCUAGCAAAGAGGAUGAGACAUGAACUGUCAUAAAGGACUCAGCAACCAGCCAGGGACAGAUAAAGCGCUAUGGAAAGGGGCUUCCAAGUUCUUUUGAACAUGACCCUUAGUAACAAACACAAUUUAUAUAAUGACCCAGCAAAACACAUCACAUCUUACUGUCGAAAUUAAAUGUGUGAUCCAUCCUAGUAUUUUCUGUUCCAUUCCUUUUCAUUCUAUGUCAUUUAUAAAACAUGCUAGUUGACUUUUCAAAUGGAUUUUUAUGACCCACUACUGGGUUUGGAUCCACAGUUUGAAAAAUAUUGCUACAGGACACGUAAGGAGACCAUCCUGUUUAAGUUUAUUCUUAUAAGUAGGUCAGUCAUUUGAGACCUGAUCAAUAAAUAUCCAAUACCCAGAGUCCUGCUCUCAGAGUUCUUCUGUUUCGUGACCCACUUUUCUACCAGUAAAAGACAUAGACCAAUGGGGAGGAGGGAGGAGAGAUGGAUAUUUCAGCCCUCUCCAUCCUAGUCAACACUGGAUCCACCUAGUGCCUCUGGGCCAUAAGGCUGAGCGGAGUGAGCUUGUAUUAGUUGGUAGCUUUUAAAAAAUAUAAUAAGAAAAAAGUAGAGAUUCUCCAAACUCUAGUCUGGUUUCCUAGAUUGAGAACUAUGAUAUUUUUCUCUGAUAAUUUAAUAUCUACUCUCCUACAAAAGCUCAAGCCUGAAGAUACAAGACUAUUAGAAGAAACGUGACUACCCUCAGUGUAUUAGAAAAGAGGUCAUGCUGCUUUCUAAACAUUAUUGAAUUGUUUGAGCUGUUUUGAAAUUGUAAUUCUUUUCAGCUAUUAAAAAGAAGAGCAAUGAGACUA